AUGGAACAUGGGAACAAAACUAAAGCAACUGAGUUCAUCCUUGUAGGAUUUCCGACUUUGUAUAGAUAUGGUUCAAUACUUUUCGCUUGUCUUCUUCUUAUUUAUCUCCUUAUGAUUACUGGAAAUGUACUGGUGUUUAUGACAAUACGUCUAGACACACGUCUGCACAUCCCUAUGUAUUUCUUUGUUGGAAUAUUGUCUUUCCUUGAGAUCUGGUACACUGCAGUUACUAUUCCAAAGAUGUUAAUAAACUUACUAAAGACAAGGAAAAGUAUAUCCUUUACUAACUGCCUCUUGCAGACUUAUUUUUUCCAUUCUUUAGGAGCUAGUGAGUGUUAUCUUCUCACUGCUAUGGCAUAUGACCGCUACUUAGCGAUUUGUCAUCCAUUGCGCUAUUCCACUAUCAUGACUAAUAAACUUACUAUUUUAUUAGUGGCCACUUGCUUUACUUGUGGUUUCUUGUGUCCACUCUCUGAAGUUUUAUUAAUUUCCAAACUUCCUUUCUGUGACAGUAAUGAAAUUCAGCAUAUAUUUUGUGAUUUUCCACCACUGCUAAGUUUGGCUUGUACUGAUACAACUGUUAAUGUCCUUGUAGAUUUUGUAAUAAAUAGCUUCAUUAUUUUGGUGACUUUAUUUUUUAUAAUAAUUUCCUAUAUUAAGAUUAUUGUAGCUGUCAUGAAAAUAAGAACCUCAGAAGGACGUAUAAAGGCUUUCUCUACUUGUGUUUCCCAUUUGUCAGUAGUGCUAGUAUUUUUUAGCUGUAUUAUCUUUAUGUAUGUAAGACUCACAAAAAGUUACUCUUUGUAUUAUGAUCGUGUACUGGCUGUUAUGUACUCUGUGCUUACGCCUAUAUUCAAUCCAAUUAUUUACAGUCUAAGAAACAAAGAGAUUAGAGUUGCAGUUAAGAGAAGCUUAUCCAAGAGUAGAGUAUAUCACUGA